CCUGCAGUCUCGGCCAGUCUCUCCCUCCCUUCUCUCUCCCGGGCUGAGGUCCCGGCGCCCGCCCACCGCCUCCAGCUUUGCCCACGCCCCCAGCCCGCCCGGCAACCAGCGCAGCGCCGGGCCCGCUCCCCCGUGCGUCCUGCGGGGGAGGAGGCGGCAAGCGCAGCCGGGGAGGGGGGCAGAGGCACCGAGACAGCCACAGAAAGAGGAGACGUGGAGCCAGGGACCGAGCCCGGGCAGCGGCGGGCACUAGCCGGAGCACUGGGCACCGAGCUCCUGGGAGAGAUCAAGGCGGCCUGGAAACGGCGAAGGGUACCCCGGAGGGUCUCCUACCGUCCAUGCACAGGGUGCCCUCCCCUCCAGCUGAGCAGCCGCCGGGCGGAGGGGACAGCGCCCGCCGGACUCCGCAGCCUCGAGCCAAGCCCAGUACUCCAACCAUGGCACUGCCCCGGACACUGGGGGAGCUGCAGCUGUACCGGGUCCUGCAGCGGGCCAACCUCUUGUCCUACUAUGAGACCUUCAUCCAGCAGGGGGGGGACGACGUUCAGCAGCUGUGUGAGGCAGGGGAAGAAGAAUUCCUGGAGAUCAUGGCGUUGGUGGGCAUGGCCACCAAGCCUCUCCAUGUCCGGCGCUUGCAGAAGGCAUUAAGGGAGUGGGCCACCAACCCAGGGCUCUUCAGUCAGCCUGUGCCCGCAGUGCCUGUCUCCAGCAUCCCUCUCUUUAAGAUUUCCGAGACAGCAGGUGGUCGCAAAGGAAGCAUAAGCAAUGGACAUGGAAGUCCGGGAGACAAGGCAGGCAGUGCUCGAAGCUUCAGCCCCAAGAGCCCGCUGGAACUGGGAGAGAAGCUGUCUCCCUUGCCCGGGGGCCAGGGAGGCGGAGACCCUCGAGUCUGGGCAGGGGGAAGCACCCCUGAGUCGGACGUUGGCGCUGGUGGAGAGGAAGAGGCCAGCUCGCCUCCUUUCUCCCCGCCUGCUGGGGGUGGGGUGUCAGAAGGGCCUGGAUCCGGUGGGGUAGGGGGUGGUUCUGAUCGGCUCGAACCAGAGAUGGUCCGAAUGGUGAUCGAGAGUGUGGAGCGACUCAUCAGGAGCUUCCCUCGGGGAGAUGCUGGGGAGGUGACGUCCCUUCUCAAGCUCAAUAAGAAGCUGGCGCGAAGUGUGGGGCACAUCUUUGAGAUGGAUGACAAUGACAGCCAUAAAGAAGAGGAAAUCCGGAAAUACAGCAUUAUCUAUGGACGAUUUGACUCCAAGCGCAGGGAGGGCAAACAACUCAGUCUGCAUGAGUUGACCAUCAACGAGGCAGCUGCCCAGUUCUGCAUGAGAGACAACACACUCCUACUCCGGAGAGUGGAGCUCUUCUCCCUGUCUCGUCAGGUGGCCAGGGAGAGUACCUACCUCUCCUCUCUGAAGGGCUCCAGGUUACACGCUGAAGAGAUGGGAGGGCCACCCUUGAAGAAACUCAAGCAAGAGGUUGGGGAGCAGAGUCACUCCGAAAUUCUCCAGCCACCCCCAGGACCCGAGUCCUACGGCCCACUGUACCGCCCCAGCUUGGAGGAGGACAGUGCCAGCCUGUCUGGGGAGAGUCUAGAUGGCCACUUACAAGCUGUGGGGUGCCCCAGGCUGACGCCUCCCCCUGCUGACCUGCCCCUGGCACUGCCCGCCCAUGGGUUGUGGAGCCGCCACAUCCUGCAGCAGACGCUGAUGGACGAGGGGCUGCGGCUUGCCCGCCUUGUCUCCCACGACCGUGUGGGCAGGCUCAGCCCUUGUCUGCCUGCGAAGCCACCCCUCGCAGAGUUUGAAGAGGGCUUGUUGGAACGGUGUCCUGCCCCGGGGACCCACCCAGCCCUCGUGGAGGGCAGAAGGGCCAGCGUGAAGGUGGAGGCCGAGGCCAGCCGGCAGUGAGGGAUGUCUACCCUGGGCUAGACCCCUGGACCUCUGCUUCCCACAGAUCCUGGACUCUCAGAUCCCUGGAAUCUAGCCCUCUGAUCCUCCACAGACCCUCCCAUCUGCCUCCCCUGCUCCAUGGGCAUUGGACAGCGGGGCAUCAAGCAAUAAGGCAGCCAGAACAAGGGCAGAAUCUGGUGCCCUUGGAGGGAAGGGGAUUCCGUGGGAACUCUGCCUCUCAAACACCUCUCCUGGACAUUCUGGGGCGGCGCCUCCUCCCUCCAUCUCUCACACAUUCUAGUUUUGAACCCCUGUCUUGACAGGUAAAUAGUUUGGAUGCUAGGGGAAAUGGAGCCAUUCUGGAAGGGUCUCGAAGCCGAGAGUAGAAACUGUUUUCUCGGCCUAAGUGGGGGAGCCCUGAGAACCUUGGCCUUCCCCCCAACUUCCCUCCCUCCUCUCCAUAUUUGUGUUUCUAGUUUGUCUCUUUAAUUUAACAAACGCUGCAGUUUACUCCCACCCCCUCAAAAGAAAAAAACUCCCAUCCGUCAUCUCUCAUCCCCCACUCACCCGGGGGCGCUGUGGGCUCCCCUGUAAAAACCAGCCCUUCCCUUGCUCCCUGUGGAGGGCCUGGGUUGGAUUCAGUUCUCCCCCCACCCGGGACUGAACUACAGCGUCUGUGUGAGCAGUUAGAACAUCUCUUCUUUCGCACCGUGUACAGUAGAUUAUUUAUUUUGUUAUUUUGGAAUAAAAUUUAUUUUAUGGCUUAGGAA